UCCUCGGACUAAUAAAAGCUACUUUCCUUUCAUUUCCGCUUUUCCAAUCUUCUCUCUCUCUCUCUCUCUCUGCGUUCGCCUAAAACCAUAACCCCUGCAACUCUGCAACUGCAACUGCAAAUCUCUCCCUCUGCCUCUCUCUCUCUCUCUCUCUCUCUCGUUAUAUGCUCUUUGAGGCCUCCUGCUGAUCCCCGGCUUCACACACCCCUCUCCCCCACUCACCAUGGCCAACAACCACACCGAGCCUCCCACAGACGACUUCCUCGAGCAGCUCUUCGGCCUCCCCAACUUCCCCGCCCCCGAGGCUGGCCUCCCCACUGGCGAAGGGCCCCCCAUGGCCGCUGCCGCUCCUCCUCCCAUGAUGCUCCAGCUCAGCUCCGGUGACGGCUCCGGCCACAUCGCCACCCUCGGCCCCGGCGGCGGAGCGGGCGGCGGAUACCACCAGCCCCCGAUGUUCCCUCUGGGGUUGAGCCUGGAGCAGGGUGGCGGGGGAGGGUUCCUGAAGCCCGAGGAUGCGUCUGGGAGAGGGAAGCGGUUCCGUGAUGAGGUCGUUGAUGGCAGAGCUUCUACAGUUAAAAACGUUUUUCAUGGGCAACCAGUUUCCACCACUGUCCCUGCAGCACCACAUCCACCAGCAAUGCGCCCUAGAGUGAGGGCGAGACGAGGACAGGCGACAGAUCCACAUAGCAUUGCUGAACGGUUGCGCAGGGAGAGAAUAGCUGAAAGAAUUAGGGCAUUGCAAGAACUUGUCCCUAGUGUCAACAAGACUGAUAGAGCUGCUAUGCUCGAUGAAAUUGUGGAUUAUGUGAAGUUCCUGAGGCUCCAAGUGAAGGUUCUCAGCAUGAGUAGAUUGGGAGGAGCGGGUGCAGUGGCACCACUAGUGACUGAUAUCCCACUAGCAUCCGUUGAGGAAGAAGGUGGUGAAGGUGGAAGGAACCAGCCCGCUUGGGAAAAAUGGUCGAAUGACGGAACAGAGCGACAAGUCGCGAAGCUCAUGGAAGAGAAUGUGGGGGCCGCUAUGCAGUUCCUACAGUCCAAGGCUCUCUGCAUAAUGCCCAUCUCCCUAGCCACUGCCAUUUACCACUCUCAACCGCCGGACACUUCUUCCCUCGUCAAGUCUGAAAGCAACCCCACAUCUUAAAGAGGUGAAAACCAAAUCCUGCCUACAUUGACUGGUACAAUAAUUAUUAUCAUCAGUAGGAAUGGGUAGGCUAAUUGAUGCUGCAAUGGGAAGUAGCCCGGGAUUUUAUGUUCGCAGUCUGGUAGUGGGCUAAUAUAAGCUGCUGUACAGUGACAGUGUCAGGCAUACAGAACCAUUGACUUGUACCGACCUGGGGUGUUUUGCGCCACAGUGGGUUAACUGGUGAGGUUACUGAUCCGAUGACUAUAAUGGUCUUUGUAGAGUCCAGGCAACAUUAGUAGUAUUGUAAUAAGAGUUACAAAUCCCACAUGGUCCCCAGCUUAUAAGUGAGUUUUACUCGGCCACUUGGCGGAGUAACAAUCAAUCAUAAUGCAUGUAAGUGGUAAAUUGAAUUCAAUAGUCCCUUACAUUCCUAUGUUCAGAUAUUUUAAUUGAUGGUUACUCAUUGA